ACGAUUUCUGCAACUAGAAAUAACACCUGUGUACAAAAUUUUACGACAAUGUUUUCCGGCAAGGAACCUGUUAAUCUGCAAAAACUGUCUGUUCAUGAUCACUGCAAACAAGAUUCUGCAUAUUUUAUAGCAAAGUACGAUUGUGUUUUGCAUAACAAUGAUGAAGAUCUAGACUUUGAUCACGGUUGUACCUACCAUGGAUCAGGUAAAAAAAUCAACAUAGCAAGUUCAGGAUAUCCAUGGGAAAACAUAAAAACUGGUUAUGGAUCUUGUACAUGCAGCGCCAUGUUGACAGGUUCUCAAAUGGUCCUGAAAACAUAUGAUAAUAGACUUAUACACAACCAAUCUUUUAUGUUAACAUAUGAAAACAAAACACUCAUAAAGGAAUGGAAGGAAGUAAACAAAAUGGAGGAUAUCAUGAAUAUAACAAACAUUAACGGACCAUUUACAGGGACACAUUUGAUGCUCAAGUGGACAAAUAAUGCUGCGAGUAAUGGCGGGAAAUUAUGGAUUGUUUUAGAAGUUAAUGGAACAAUCACUGUCACGUGCCAGCAUAAUAAAACACCAACGGCAUCUCUAGCAACUACUAAAUCAAUGAGUUCCUCGAUACUGUCAUCUUUAAAUUCUUCAACUUCGAACAGUUCUCCAGUAACUUCGGCCGGACAAUCAAACAAAUCUUCACCAUCGAUACCGGCAUCAAUGCAAUCUCAAAAUGGAUCCUGUAAUGAACCUAAGCACGCGUCGGAUCGUAGAGUGAAUAUCAUAAAGUUACUCGCAGGAGUGGCUGGUGGACUCUUUGCGUUCAUCAUUCUUAUGUGUUGCUGUGUGUUGAUUCGUUCCAAAAAGAGAUCGAAAACCGAACCAGAGAGACAACCAGCAAAUGAAAGCUUCCAAAAUCAAUAUGAGAGACAUGGCAAACAAAAUCCGCCCAAAAAAUGACAUACCUACAAUUUCUAUUAAAGCAUUGCCAUCAAGCAUAUAUAUCCAUGAAAGUUAUAUAUGCAAUGCAAGAAAAAAAUGACAAUAUGAUACAUGACGCCAGAAAUAAUGUGUAACAUUAACUUCUUAAGACAUACUAAUGUAAACUGAUUGAUAGUAAUUUUAGAAUUUAAAUAAAUCUUGAAUAAACUUCAUUGAAUACUGUGUGUGUAGUACAUUUGGGAUGUGUUCCGUGAAUUCUAAAAUAAAUGUUUGAAUAAGCGGA